CGCGGCCGUCGGUGGCUACCAAUAAAUGGACUCCCACGCCACGCCGCGCUCUUACUAGCACAAGGCCGAAAGUCUGAAGCCAGCGUUGCCGAGCAGAGAGAAACAGAGCGCCCCCUGUCCAAGUGUCCAGGACACCCUCCACGCACUGAUGGAACUCUUGGUGUUCGUGCUGCUCUUGCUGGCCGUGCCACUCAGAGGAUCAGACGGCGCGUGGUGCGUGUGCCGCCCGGACGUGGCCGACGCGGCGCUGCAGAAGACGCUGGACUACGCGUGCGGCCACGGCGCGGACUGCGCCGCCGUGCUCCCGACCGGGCCGUGCUACAGCCCCACCUCGGUGCGCGCGCACUGCUCCUACGCCGCCAACAGCUACUUCCAGCGGAACAGCGGCCAGGCCAACGGCGCCACCUGCGACUUCGGCGGCACGGCCAACCUCACCGACACAGACCCGAGCUCUGGAACUUGCAAAUACCCUGCAACUCCAAGCGAAGCAGGGACAAGCGGCAACGCAACCGGCACGGGCACGUCGUCGCCAGGCUCUGCGAGUAACCCGGCUACGACGCCCAGCACGGGAGGGAGCUUCACGACACCUGUCGGCGCAUUUGGCCCCACGCCGAGCACCGUCAGCGCGGGCACCACCACCACCGCCGCGUUUUUUGGUCGCCAUGCCCUCCUCGUCGCCGUCGUCUCCGUCGCCCUGUGUUUCUUGGUGCGCUAAUUUGGUCGAUCAGAAGGAAUCCGAAGCAGGGCCACUCUCUGUGUAAUUGGCGGCCGCACAAGACAGGGCUUUUUUUGGUGUCAUGCCGUCAUGGUGAUGAUUUGACAAUUGUUCGUUUUUCUGUUAUAUCAUGUUUCUCGUGGUUUCCGUAAUUCCGUUACCUCCGUACAUGAAAAUGGAUCGAGUUUGAUUACUUUGCCCGAACUCUCAUGUUUCAAGGAAUACGACGGUGUAAAUUGCUA